CAGCGCCGCCGCUCACUGGAGUGAGUACCACAAACGGCGCCACUUGCGAAACUGCUUGCGUUUUGCCGCCCUACUCCCAUUGAAGUCUGAAGACCUUUGCCGCUUCCCGUGGCCCGUCUAACUCUCGACCUCAGGGUCCUGGCUCCCUGCUGGUCUCUCCCAUCAGCUCCCCCCCCUGACUCAAGUCUCAGAUCAGUCAUCAGCCAUCCCUCCGGACUCUGCUACCGUCCCCUUCCCGGACCCCACCACAUCCCUCCUCCCCCACCCUUCAUGCCUCCCGUGUACCGACCAGACAACGGACACUCAGGCAUGAUGCCUCCUGGACCCCCACCGCCUAACGGACACCCGCCUAGUCCCAUGAUACCAUCCGGACAUCGGCCUCCACCUCCUGGUGCUUACGGUCCCCCUUCCCCACACAACCGGUACCUUCCUCCACCUUCUCACUAUGGACCGGUGCCUCCCCUAUUCGGACCCCCACAUACCUACGUGCACUAUGGACCACUUGAUCACUCCAUCCCACUCCGACACCUGCCCCCUGGGGUGGCCCCAUUCCCUCCUCAUGUCGGCCCCAAAGACUUCCCUGUGCAGCCACAGGUCCCAGAUGGCCAUGACUCUUCAGUGGGCCCCCAGCCCGGCGCUGGCCCCCAGGGCCAGGGGCAAGACUACAGCUCCCAGCAGGCAACAGCUGCCCCCCAGGACUCAGUCAGCUCUGCCAUGGCAGAGCCUUAGACACCUACCAACCGUUAACGACCCAGCUACAUUUAAUCAACCACGAUUCAUCUCUUUAUUUUUUCAUUUUUGUUUUUAAUUGGCUGAAAAUAAAUAUCAUAUGAUAUACUUGCAAACAACAGAAGUAUCUAAAAAGUUAGUGUUCCUAUUAAAGCAUCAGAAAAUCAAUGUCUUAUGUUUUGUGUCUGAAAUGUAAUAAUGACUUGAAGAGGAGUAGAACUGAGGCUUGUUACUCUGCAAGAAGUCCUAUUGUGCAAUAACAAUUCUAUUGUAUGACUGAGGAUUUUAAGUUUUUAAAAGGGUAUUAUGUUGAUUUUGUAUUAAUUUCACAAUGUUAUCAUGGUUUCCUGUGGAAAUUAUUAAAAAUAAAUGGACCCCAAGCUUUUGGGUUGCUUGAUCGAUCAUUUCAGAAGUACCAUAUUAUCUUAACUCUUCCCCAAACUCUCUUCAGAAUGAACUGAAAAGGAAAGUUGUGUAAGUUGAAAGUCAAAGAUGUAUUUACUGUUCUUAGGAUAUUUUAUUAAUAAAACUGGUAAAAGGUACUGCAGUUGUCUAUUGUUCAUGUGAAGCAUAUGACAACUUUUGUGAUCCAUUUUAGUUUGAAAGGAAAUGUCUGACAGUGCAUUUUGUUUUGUAUGGGUAGCUGUAUCACAUGUGAAAAGCCAGUAAUCACCCACUAAAUGAACACCUGUCAUAUUACCUUCACAUUUGUAUCUUUUUUUGUUCUUAUGUUA